AUGGCUGCCUCGUCUAGCUCUAAGCCUCCACUCUCCCCAUCCUCGUCCGCGCUAGACCUCAGUCGCCUGUCGUACGCGCUGUCCACUCCUGACGCUCUCGGUCAGUCGCUCGAAUUCAAGCAAGACCUCCCGUCGCCGGUUCAACCUGUCGGUUCGGCUCCGGCAACCGGAGGCGGCCUGUCCGUGAAGCAGUCGCUCUGUCAGGCGGUUCUGCGGAUCGUUUUGGAGAAUGUUCAGAGGGACGGACAUGGCAGAGAGGUUCAGGACUCGGUGUCUAAGCACUUCGCAACGCUGCCGUCAAGGUACGCUCUCAGCGUCAACCCACAGCGGCAUGAGGACGUGUUGCUCCACAUGCAUCUCAUCAAUGAGGCUCGCACGCUCAACCAAACCGACCCAGACCAAGGCCCGGUCGUCCGGGUCCGACGGGUUUGCCUCGGCCGAGCCAAGUCGUCAGGUUCGGCAGGCGGGGGGAACGCAGGGGAAUUUCUGAGUUCCCCCAGGAGGCGGCACAGCUCGGAUUAUGCAAGCAAUAGCCCGUCCGGCAGAAGCCUGGAAGGUUCCCAAAAGGCAGCGGUUUCCGCUGCGGUAGCAGCGGCUGGCGGGAGUGCUGCUUCUGCAGGCUCUUCCGAUUCUGGAGCAUCAGGGUUACCAACAGCAGGAGGAGCAUCUGGUUUAGCGGCAGCAGGAGCGUCAGGAGCGACUCUAGGAGCAUCGGGGGCAUCAGGUCUGUCGGGGUCUGGGUCACAACCGCAGCUUCAUGGGUCCCAUCCGGCUCGCAGGUCCAUCCCCUGUCCCGGAACCCUGUCGCGACUCAUCCCGCAACCCACAUUCGGCUCCUCCGCGCCUAACUGCUACAGCCUGAGCGGUCUAGGCUCGGCAGGUUCCUCUGCAGUGGAUUUGAACCAAGCUGCUCCCACCUCUACCGGCCGCAAAUCCGGAUCGCUUACUGGCCGGUCGCCGUUUGGGUCUGGCAGCAUCGGGAACAACAAGGGAAGCAGCAGUCAUUUCUCGUUAGCGGCGACGUUAAGGGAAGGCGUGCCGUUUUCGUCAGCGUCGGAUCUGAGGGGCGACGGUUUGGGAGGAGGGCUGGGCAGCGCGGGAGGGAUGGGGAGUGCGGGAGGGAUGGGGAGCGGCGGAGGGUUCCUGGUUGGGUCGAGAGGGUCCGCGUCGAGUCUAGGGACAGAUGUGGAUGAGGAUGAGAGCCGGAGUGGGGGGUCGAGCUGGCACGGGCCGGGAGGCGUGGAAGGGGCGGAGGGCGACGGGUAUGUGUACGGGUGGGAGGUGUCGAUUGCGGCCCCGGAUAGACCAGGGCUGCUGACGUGGUUCACUUCGGCACUGGCGAAUUCGGACAUGGAGCUGAACAUCAAUGUGAGUGGGGGAGGUGUUGGUCUGGGUUUGGUUCUUGUGGUGUGCCUCAUAGAUAGACCGGGGCUGCUGAAGUGGUUUACUUCGGCACUGGCAAACUCGGACAUGAAGCUGUUGAAGCUGUUGUUAACAUCAAUUUCACUCUUCUCUCGUUCCACACAUCAUCGCACAUCUUUGCACAUUGUUUGCUCAUCCCCAACACAGGAGGCGCAUGUGUUCAGCACGUCAGAUGGCAUGGCGUUACAGGACUUUGUGGUCACCACGCCCAAGCACCACCAGAACUUCUACGCCAAUGAGGCGGAGCUACAGGACGCGUUGACACACGUGGUGCGCAUCAAGUGGAGAGAGCGGGACGUGAAGCAGGCCUCAGAGCAGAUGCAGCUGGCGAAUCUGAGAGCCGUGGUGGAGGCCAUGGCGUAUGAGGACUGGGCGGUGGACUACCAUGAUGUGAGUAGAGAGUCAGGCAUUGGUUCUUCCUUUCCUGCAUGUACCGGCUCUGUGCCCUCCUGUGCGCCUGUAGCUACGGGGGCAGUGUUUGAGUCCAUGGCUUAUGAGGACUGGGCGGUGGACUACCAUGAUCCUCCGUCUCAUACACUCUCCCAUUUCCCCCUUGCCUUCCCAUCUCCCCUCUCUACCCACCGUUCCCAUCUUACCUUCACUCCCAUCCCCCCGUACCUCUCACAGCUGGGCAUAGGCGAGAGGCUGGGCGGAGGGGCGUCAGGGCGGCUGUGCAGAGGCACGUACAGAGGGCAGGACGUGGCAGUGAAGGUCAUCACGCUCGCUGCUGCUGAUGAUAUGGGCGGCGCUGGGGGCGGGCUGAGGGGAGGGCCGGCCGGGGUGGGGGAUGCGGGCAUGUCAGUGUCUAUGCGGAGUGCUACGGCGCUGGAAUUGUUACAGUGCUUUAAGCAAGAGGUUGCCAUAAUGAGGAUGGUACGGCACAAGAACCUGGUACAGUUCAUCGGGGCAUGCUCCCACUGGCCGCGGCUAUUCAUCGUCACAGAGCUCAUGGCACGGGGCAGUGUGCGGGACGUGUUGGACCAGAGGGGGUGCGGGCUGCCUCUGCCAGUGGCGCUCAAGAUCCUGAGGGAUGCAGCACGCGGGCUCGACUUUCUGCACCGGAGAGGCAUUGUGCACCGGGACCUCAAGGCUGCUAACCUGCUGGUGGAUGAGAACGAUGUGGUGAAGCUGUGUGACUUUGGAGUUGCGAGGCUGCUGCCAUCGAAGCAGGCAGGACAGCUGUGUGGGGAGCCCACUGCCAAGUCACGGCCCGACAUGACAGCAGAGACAGGCACCUACCGCUGGAUGGCACCUGAGUGUCACCUGUUAAUUCUCACCGUCUCCCAUCUUCUCCCAUCAUCUCCCCUCUCCGCACAACAUCUCCCAUCGUGUGCUGUCUCACCAGGGAGGUCAUCACAGGCGACCUGCCCUACACUGGCCUCACGCCCCUUCAAGCAGCCAUUGGAGUCCUGCAAAGGAACCUACGCCCGCCUCUCCCUCCCGGCCUGCCAUCUCGCAUCAGCAGUCUCAUCACACGCUGCUGGGCUGCCGACCCUGCUGUCAGGCCAGAAUUCACUGAGGUAA